AUGGACCCCCACCACUCUUGCUCCACUGGUGGCUCCUGCACCUGUGGCAGCUCCUAUAAAUGCAAAGACUGCAAAUACACCUCCUGCAAGAGGAGCUGCUGCUCCUGCUGCCCCAGGGGCUGUGCCCAGUGUGCCCAGCACUGCGUCUGCAAAGGAGCAUCGGACAAGUGCAGUUGCUGUGCAUGA